AUGUUCAGAAGAGCAGUGAUACCUCCCGUUAAAGGCGGAGGGACAGGAGGCUUGCGUGGUGCCGGCGACGACAUACCUACCCCAAAUACUAUACCAGGAGGAUACCCAAAGGCAGGCUCAGGGACGUCGGGCUCAGACAUACCACGCAUAGGGAAGGGCGACGAUGGCCCAAACACAUACCAACCCCCUGUCAUCAACGAUGGUGACGCCUUAUCGCCCCCAAACCAAUACGGCACCGGCACGGCCAGCUCGUCGACCAGCCUGUGUGCGCGGAACAAGAGCACGUGCGACGACAUGAAAGAUGUGGCGGAGGAGCUCGUCGAGCAGAUCAUGGACACCGUCUCAGACGCGGCUGGCGGGAAGAGCUCGUCAGGGGAUUCGGACCCUGCAGCAACGGCACCGACAGCAGCGCGAAACGUGAGCACCGUCGCUCCCGCUCCGACGCCAAUGCCGAACCUCAACAUGUCCUCAUGGAUGGACCUAUGCGACUACAGGGCCCUCUUCACAGAGGAAGAGUACAGCAUGCUGCAGGAGGACCCGCUCUGCUUCUACGCCAACUUCGGGCGGCUCUACGAGAAGUACGCCAGCGAGUCCCGCGCGCCGACCGGGUCCGCGCCGGCGGAAACGAGCACCACCGCCACCACAAAAGCCCCAGCCAAGCGCACCGCCCAGCCGCGGCCGAGAGACGACUACGACCCAACCCCCUGCCUCGGAUGCGAAGUCGUUGAAGAUCCCGGCGCGCCGGCCACCGCAACGGGCAUCCACGAGGGCAGGGCCAGGACGCUGUACCUGACCUACCUCCCCGACCAGCUGAGGAUGGUAUAUACAUCAACUCCGACGUCGCUUACGGUGACUGCCACAGCAACGACAAGCUGUUCCGGGCUGAGCGGGCUGGGCAUCGAGGGCUUUGAGACGCCGUACGAGGUGUUUGGGUAUCGGGACGGGUAUGCUCCGGCUGAGACCGGAUCUGUGGACAGCGCGAGCGAAGUGACGAGCGGUGGUGCGCCCGGGAGGGAGGGACUGAUGCCUUGGACUGGAUUGGUGAUGCUGGGAGUUUUGUGGCUUUCGAGGCUGGUUUGA